AUGUCGUCGUCGUUGGGCGUUGGCCCAUCAUCCAACUCCGCCACCGCCAGCCCACGACUCUCUUCCUUGCCCACCACCACCAGACGACGUGUCGCAGACUUAAACGACGUCGACAGAUCCUCCGAAUUCUCCGACGACCCAGAAUCUGUUUCCAACGACCACCAUAACGAUAUUAGCGACCUUGACGACGAUGUCGUUUCAAGUUGUGGGUCCCAUUUACUUCACCACCAUAACCACCACCACCACCACCAUCACCACCACAACCAUUGCUUUUUACUGAUCAGGUGUUUGCUUUUACGUUGGAGAGCGUUUUUCUCUGUGCCGGACACGUGGCUGCUCAAGAUUGAAGAUCGGUUUUAUUGGACGGCCGUGAUGUUCCAGUCGUUGAGAUCAGGGAGGAGGAGCAACAUGGGCCGUACGAUCUUCGGGGUUUUGAUGGUAUUAGCGGUUUUGUCGGUUUUCGUUAAAGUCUCGGUUUUGCGCAAUCAAAGGGUGGACGUGAAGAAGAUUGAUCGUGGGCUUUUGAUUAUACAGAGCUUUAAGGAUGAUUGGGCUAUGGCUCAACGUGCUCUCUCUGAAACUCAAAACUCCAUGCCAAAACGUGUUCUUGAAAGAUUGUCUACUCCUGAGAUAUGGAUGAAACCAAACAGUGACAACUAUUAUCAAUGCAUUAAGCGACCCAGGAAUAAAAUAAGGACGGGUUCGAAAACAAAUGGCUAUCUUCUUGUUCAUGCCAAUGGUGGAUUGAAUCAAAUGAGAACAGGAAUAUGUGAUAUGGUUGCUGUUGCCAAGAUAAUGAAUGCCACUUUGGUUCUUCCUUCUCUUGAUCAUGAGUCAUUUUGGACAGAUCCAAGUGACUUCAAAGAUAUCUUUGACUGGAGGCACUUCAUGGAAGUUUUAAAAGAUGAUAUUGAGAUAGUUGAGUAUUUGCCACCCAAGUAUGCAGCAAUCCAGCCCCUUCCUAAGGCCCCUGUUUCCUGGUCUAAGGCUAGUUACUACAGAAAUGAGAUGAUGCCAUUGUUAAAGAAAAAAAAGGUGAUAAAGUUCACCCACACUGAUUCUCGACUGGUUAAUAAUGGCCUCGCUUCCAACAUCCAGAAGCUCAGGUGCCGUGCCAAUUAUGAGGCUCUCCGGUACAAAAAGGAGAUUGAAGAUCUUGGGAGAAUUCUGGUUGAUAGAUUAAGGAACAAUAGUGAGCCAUAUAUUGCUCUGCAUCUAAGAUACGAGAAAGAUAUGCUUGCUUUCACUGGAUGCAGCCACAACCUUACUGCAGAAGAGGCUGAGGAACUUAGGAUUAUGAGGUACAAUGUAAAGCAUUGGAAGGAGAAAGAGAUAGAUAGUAAGGAGAAGCGUCUCCAAGGGGGAUGCCCAAUGUCCCCUAGAGAAGCAGCCCUAUUCCUUAAGGCCAUGGGUUACCCUUCCACUACAACUAUCUACAUAGUUGCAGGAGAGAUAUAUGGCAGCAAUAGCAUGGCCGCCUUUCGCUCUGAGUACCCUAAUGUCUUCUCUCAUUCCACUCUUGCAACAGAAGAAGAGUUACAGCCCUUUAGACCAUAUCAGAAUCAGAUGGCCGCCUUGGAUCAUAUUGUGGCACUUGAAAGCGAUGUCUUUGUUUACACAUAUGAUGGAAAUAUGGCCAAGGCGGUGCAGGGACAUAGGAGGUUUGAAGGAUUUCGAAAGACAAUCAACCCUGAAAGGUUGGAAUUUGUUAGACUGAUUGAUCAGCUGGAUGAGGGAGUAAUAUCGUCAGAAAAAUUUUCUUUAGAGGUUAAGAGUUUGCAUUCCGACAGGCUUGGAGCACCAUAUCGUAGACAGGCAGGAGAGUCACCAAGGCUGGAGGAGAAUUUUUAUGCAAAUCCUUUUCCUGGUUGUGUCUGUGACAAGUCUCAGGAGCACCUCAAUAACCUGAAAUUUCUUGAUCAGAAACAUUUGAGGGCGGCAGUGCAAAGAUAGCAUUUCCGUUUGUUGAGAUUAUUUGAAUUGGAGUAUAAGAUUACAAUUGCUUAACAGGCUGCUUAUAGGGGUUUCUGAAAUGAACUGCAUCUUUGCUCAGUCUGGAAGCAAUAGCUGCCAAGAGGGUCUACAAGUUUUGAGUUUCUCCUAGGAUUUUUUUCUUUAAAAAAUGUGCAUUUUUGGCAUAGCAGCAGAGGAGAACCUUACCAGGGGGAAGUGAAGAUUGCAGAAGGUUGUGCAUCAUUUUAAGGCAAACCAGGUUACCUACACUGGCACAGAAACAUCAUCGCCAUCACAUGUAGAGUUAUAGUACUAUAUUGAUUCAUUAUUUUUUUCUUUAAUUUUCUUAUCAAAAUUACAUGCCAAAAUGGGCAUUAUAGAACGUAGUUAGCCACAGAAACUGAUUUCCAUAUGUUCCCUGAAGAUAUCAUUUUAAUUUUUUUGUUUUCUUCAUUUAUUCAAUUAGAAUAAGAUGAAAUCUCAUGCAAGUUUCAAUAGUUGCAGAGGAUUA